AUGCCUCUCACAUCACGGUCUGCUCGCCUCUUGCUGCUGGUUUCAGCAUUGGCAUCACUCGUCUCAGCCUCGCCGGCAGGCCUCGUCUUUCAAGAACUGAAAUGCUCCGCGGGCACCCAGUCUUGCCCUGCCGGCCUGCCCAACAACUUUUGCUGCUCUGAGGGGACAACAUGUCUCCCGCUAGCCGGCAACACGACUGCCAUGUGCUGUCCCACGGGCCAGACGUGCGAAAAGAUCCAGCCCAUCACCUGCGACGUCAGCCAGCAGGAUCCGAGCAAGAACCAGCAGUCUCCGAUCAAGACCAGCGUCUUUAACGUCCCGUUGGAAAAGUGCGGCGCCGACCUUUGCUGUCCCUUUGGGUACUCUUGUUCCGGAGACGACCUCUGCGUCAAGGAUUCCGAUCAGAGCGAGGCUCCGGAGAAGGCUACCUCGUCAACGACGGCUUCACCAGCAAGCGCAACGUCGGCAAACUCUGCGCCGGCCUCUACAGAGCCGCCUUCCACGUUCAGCACUAGCCUGGUCGUUGCGCCUGUCACCACCGCGCCAGCCUCAUCGGAAGCUUCAUCGCCAGUCUCAUCGCCAGUCUCGUCGCAGGCUUCAUCAGAGGCGACACUGCCAGACUCGUCGCCAACCUCUCCUUCAACCUCAUCGCCCACAGCCGAUGCAAGUUCUGGGACGCCGGAUCCGUCGUCUUCGCAUGCUUCCAACCCAAAGACCGUCUCCAUCAUCGGUGGUGUUAUCGGAGGCUGUGCUGUUCUGAUCGUUCUGGGAGCCAUUGCGUUCCUCUUCGUUCGUCGCCGCAGCCUCCACAGGAAGGAUGAUUACUCCGAGAAGCCGACGGUGGGAAGGAUCAAGCAUCUUGGCCCCGGCCCUCGAGCCGGCAGCAUCAUUUCCGACCCCAUCCUCCAGCCCAACUCGUACCGCGCCGACUUCAUUCGCAAGAGUCCUUCCAUCGGCUCUUCCAUCAGCCAGAGGCCGCCGCAGAUUGCUCUCAGCAAUAACCACUCGCACCAGCGCUUGUCUAUCCCGAAUCCCUUUGAUUCUCCCAGUCCAUCGAACCACUCAGACCACUCGCCAACGGGCUAUCGCGACUCUGUCACCUCCGAGGACGAGCGGAACGCUCGUACGGGCGUCGUCGGGUCUGGGUCUCGACUGCCCCCCAUCAGAGCCAUGCGAGCUUCCAGCCGGCGAGUCUAUCCGCAGGACCUUCACAGGGUGUCGAGUGGUGAGAACAUUGACGUGUUUGCCGACCCCUUCACAAUGACGGGCAACUAUGAUCGGCGCGGGACGCACGCCACCACCUUUACCGAUCUCAUGAUCGAGGCUGAUCUUGGCGAUGUGCGGCGCGGGCAGCCGUAUCUUAUGCCUCCUUUGCCUCCUCACAUGAACCGGAUAUAA